UGAGGCUGGAGCUGGAGCUGAGGCUGGAGCUGAGGCUGAGGCUGAGGCUGAGGCUGAGGCUGAGGCUGAGGCAGCAUGGGGGGGGUGAGCUCAGACAUGUUGCAGUGCCUGGUCUGGACCUGACGGAUGUGACACUGAUGUUUUCACCACAGCAACAGUAUUGAGAAACAUGGCCACGGCCUACCAGGAGAGUCCACCAUCAGAGUCCACCAUCAGAGUCCACCAUCAGAGUCCACCAUCAGAGUCCACCAUCAGAGUCCACCAUCAGAGUCCAACAUCAGAGUCCAACAUCAGAGUCCACCAUCAGAGUCCACCAUCAGAGUCCAACAUCAGAGUCCACCAUCAGAGUCCAACAUCAGAGUCCACCAUCAGAGUCCACCAUCAGAGUCCAACAUCAGAGUCCACCAUCAGAGUCCAACAUCAGAGUCCAACAUCAGAGUCCACCAUCAGAGUCCACCAUCAGAGUCCACCAUCAGAGUCCAACAUCAGAGUCCACCAUCAGAGUCCAACAUCAGAGUCCAACAUCAGAGUCCACCAUCAGAGUCCACCAUCAGAGUCCAACAUCAGAGUCCACCAUCAGAGUCCACCAUCAAAGUCCACCAUCAGAGUCCAACAUCAGAGUCCAACAUCAGAGUCCACCAUGAGAGUCCACCAUCAGAGUCCAACAUCAGAGUCCACCAUCAGAGUCCACCAUCAGAGUCCAACAUCAGAGUCCAACAUCAGAGUCCACCAUGAGAGUCCAACAUCAGAGUCCACCAUCAGAGUCCACCAUCAGAGUCCACCAUCAGAGUCCGGCUGGGAACCGAGGAAACCGACCUUCAGUUGUUAAGCGUUAUUUAUUGUGGUGGUUCUAAAGGGAGGCGGAUACUUCACAUUAUUCUAAGAGAACUCAUAAAACACA